UAUUCUGUUUUUUCUUAGGUAUCAUGGGCAAGAACAGCGGUGUUUGCAGUAGGAAUUCAAUCAACGAUGGAGAUUUUGAUGAAGAAGAAGUUUGGUCUUAUGAAAAAGAAGAUUCAUCAAGUCCCACAUCGAGGAAACCUAGGGAACCCUCCUCGAGUUCUUCAUCUGCAUGGCGGCUUCCAAGCGCACCGAGAACGAUCUGUAGAGGAAGCAACUCAUCAUCAGCAGCAAGUCAUGAAACCGAGGUGACUGGGCAAUCAUCGGCUCCGUUGAACAUCCCCGAUUGGUCCAAGAUAUAUGGGAAGCAUGCGAACAUGGAACCAUCAAGAAACGAGUCAUGGGUUAAUAAAGGUGAUGAUAAUGAUGAUGGUAUGGUGUAUGAGGAUGGGGAUAUGGUCCCUCCUCAUGAAUGGCUAGCUAGGGAGCUUGCAAGGACUCGAAUCUCUUCUUCCUCCGUUUGUGAAGGGGUGGGAAGGACACUUAAAGGCCGAGAUCUUAGCAAAGUCAGAAAUGCAGUUUUGACAAAAACAGGUUUCUUAGAGUAGUAAUGAUGCCGGCGCCGCCGCCACCACCACCACCAUAAAUUACAUGUUCAUCAUGUAACCUUUUUGCUUUUAUCAGCUUUGGGUCAUAAUACGUUGUAGGCAUGUAAUUACAAGUAGGAGCUGCCUUUUUGUCUGAGUUUUCUAGAAGGGGGAAAAAUAGAGAGGA